AUGAGUAAAUCUAAUCAAACAUUUACUGAUCGUUGGCUGCCAACAUUAAAUCCAAAAAUUCUGAAAUUUUUAAAAGGAAAAAAUUUCGAUAAAAUGACACCAGUUCAGGCUAUAACAAUUCCACUUUUUCUACAACAUAAAGAUGUUUGCGUUGAAGCUGUAACUGGCAGUGGAAAAACUCUUGCAUUUAUUGUACCAAUACUUGAAAUGCUGUUAAAGAAAUAUUCAAAUGAAACGCGUUUUGACAAGCAUCAUAUUCAUUCAUUAAUUAUUUCACCAACACGUGAAUUAGCUCAACAAACAUUUGAUAUAACGAAUGAAUUUAUUCAUUCAUUUGAUGGUCUAAAUCAUUUUUCAUGUAUUCUAUUUGUUGGCGGUACAAAACAUGAUCAUGAUAUAGAGCAAUAUCAAAACAAUGGUGGUACUAUUGUUAUUGCAACGCCAGGUCGUUUCGAAGAAUUGCUUAAAACGAAAACUAAUUCAUUUAAUCUUGGGGCAAAUCUCAAAAGUCUUGAAAUGCUCAUUUUGGAUGAAGCCGAUCGUUUGUUAGAUUUGGGAUUUUUAACUAGUAUAAAUACUAUUUUUGAAGCUCUUCCAAAACAAAGACGAACCGGUUUAUUUUCUGCAACUCAAACAGAUGAAAUAGAAAAAUUAAUUCGUGCUGGCCUUCGAAAUCCUGUACGAAUAACUGUUAAACAGACGGGCUCAGCUUCUGAUCAACGCACUCCAUCAACAUUAAAAAACUUUUACAUGAUUUGUGAACCCAAUGAAAAAUUAAAUCAAUUAAUUCAUUUUAUCAAUGAACACCGCCCAGCUAAAAUAAUGAUAUUUUUUUCUACAUGUGCUUGUGUGCAAUAUUUUGGAAGUGUACUUAAACAUCUAUUUCGUUCAUCGCCAUCAACAAAAAUUUUCUCUAUACAUCGAAAACUACGUAACAAACGUGCAACAGUUAUUGAACAAUUUCGAGCUGAAACAUCAACAACAGCUACGACUGUACUUGUAUGUACAGAUAUUGUUGCACGUGGUAUUGAUCUACCCGAUGUUGAUUGGGUUAUUCAAUUUGAUCCACCAACAACAGUUGUACAAUUUGUUCAUCGCUGUGGUCGUACAGCUCGUCUUGGCCGACUUGGCAAUGCACUUUUGAUGCUUCUACCAAAUGAAGAAGCCUAUGUUAAUUUUCUUCUCAACAGUCAAAAAGUUCCGUUGAAGGAAAUGGCAGCAGCUGAUGCGUCAAAAAUUGAAAAUGUUGUUCCUAUUGUACGAGAAUUAGCAACCAGUGACAAAGGAGUCUAUGAUCGAUCAAAACAAGCAUUUGUUUCGUAUGUUCAAGCAUAUGCUAAACACGAAUGUUCACUUCUUUUACGUUUAAAAGAACUUGAUUUAUGUGGAGUAGCUGAAGGUGCUUUUGCACUUGUUCAUUUACCUAGAAUGCCUGAAUUAAGAAAUCGGGAUAAAUCAAAAUUUAAUCAAGAAAAUCAAACAGUCAAUGCUGAAUCUAUUCCAUACAAAGAUAAAAGUUUAGCAAAAAAGAAACAAAUGGAAAAAGAUGACCCAACUUUAAAAAUAAAGAAACGUGUCAAAACAGUUGCAUUUUCGAUUCAAAAAGAAAACAAACUUAGAAAACGUUUAAAACGUUUACGCCGUGAACAAGCAGAAAAUGAACGAAUAGCUGGUGCUGAAGAUGCAGUUGCUGAAACUGAAAAGCAUAUUGAUGAAAUUGCAAAUGAAUAUAGCAAAUUAAAAAGACAACGACGACUACAACGAUUCAAUAAAAUACAAAAGACAAAAAAGAAAAACGGUGAACUUGAGUUAAGCGAAAAUGAACAACUUUCUGAUAUGGAAUAG